AUGGACGCCGACGACGCGCCUCCCGCGUCCGACGCGUCCGAGCACAGGUCCCGCGCGCUGGGCGCCGCGAUGGCGCGGCAGCGCGCGGCGGGUGGCGACGUCGCGUCGUCGGACGACCGCGACGGCGACGGCGACGCGUCGUCGUCGACGACGAGCGCAUCGCGCGACGAUGCCACGCCCGCGACGACGCGCCCGCCCCCUCCCCCGCCCUUGGCCCUCCCCGACGAGGUCGUGCUUCGCAUCCUGAAGCACGCGCUGCCCGGCGACGCGUUCGGCACGUGGAGCGUCGGCGGACGCUUCCGCGCGCCGCACCGCGCGGCGACGCGCGGCGACGCGGACGCGAGCGCGACGACGACUUCGACGACGACGACUUCGACUUCGACGACGAUGACUUCGACGACGACGACGACGCCGCGAGGGCCUCUGCGCCUGGUGUGCGCGCAGUGGCGGCGACUGCUCGACGCGUCGUGCGCGCACCUCGAGGCGAGACGCGCGGUCGUGUUCGGCGACGACGAGCUCGCGUCCCUCGCGCGCGUCGUCCACCCCGCGUGCCGACGCCUCACCCUCGAGGGCUCGCACGCGCACUGCGGCAGGCUCGCGCUGACGGACGCGGGGCUCCAGGCGCGUGUUUCAGUUGUGUUUCACCCGCCGCUACUCGGUUUCAACGCGCGAUCGAUCGCGUCCCCUCUUAACCGAUUGACCGACGGCGUCGCCCUCCAGGCCGCGCUCUCGGCGCUCGGCGCGCACGCCGGACACGUCCGCGCGCUCGAGGUGACGCGGACCGGGAUGCCGCUGCACGCCGUCUUCCGCGCGGCGUCGCGGUGCGUCGGGCUCAGAGAGCUCGUCGUCGACGGCGGGCGCGGCGACGCCGCCGGGUCCGGGUCCGCCGGGUCCGCCGGGUCCGCCGCCGCGUCGGGUCCGGGUCCGCCGAUGGGCCCGUGGGAGAGCGCGAUGCUGCACGACAUCGAGCCCUCCGCGGAGCUCGCGCGCGCGGAGCUCGCGCGUCUUCUCCGUAAGGACGCCGUGGAGACGCUGACGCUGACGCGCAUCCCCGACGACCCGAGCGCCCCCCCCCGCGACGCGCGAUGGCGCGAGCGGCGGCGAGACGUCCUCGACGCGUUCGCGUCGACGCGCGCGCUGCGAUCGCUCCGCGUCGCGCGCGUCAGCGACGACGUCGUCGACGGCGGCGGCCUCGGCGCGUCGAUUCCGCCGUGCCUGGAGGAACUCGACGUCGACGUCGCGGACGGAGGCGCGGCGACGCUCGCGAUCGCGCGGUCGCUCGCGCGCGACGCGCCGCCGUCGCUGUGGCGCGUGACGCUGCGCGGCGCGGCGGUGGGCGUCGCGGGCGCGCUGGCGAUGGACGACGCGCUGUCGCGGCGGCGGAGGGAAGGCCGCGCGCUGUUCCUUCGGCUCGGGCUGACGGAUCGCGAGGGCGAGAAGACGCUGAAAGGGGUCAUCGUGCGACGCGUGCUCGAGCGGUGGCAGCAGCGACGCGAACGCGAACGCGACGAUUCCAGUUCAUGUUCCGGGUCCGUGGACGCCGCGAUGGCGACGAUGGCGACGACGACGACGCGCGACGACGAGGAGUUGAAGCUCUCCGCGGACGCCCCCUUCGGCGGCGGCGGCGACGACGACCGACGCGAACGCGAAGAAGAGGGCACGGACCUCCACGACAUGUUUCUCGGGUGGUCGCCGCGGCGGCUCGCGCGCGAGGUCGCGUCGUACAUGGCGCAGUCCGAAGUCUUCGCGCACGAGAUCCAGCGCGACGACGCCGACGCGACGACGGAUGACCUCGACGACCCCGACGACCGGUGUGCGCGCGCGGAGGAGGAAGAGGAGGACGCGAGGUGCGCGGCGAUGGUGUGCGCGAGCCUCUUUGGUUUUCGCGAGACGCACCGCGAGCGCGCGGCGUGGGUCGCCGCCGCGCGAUGGAUGCGGCGCCUUCCGAAGGCGGACCUCGCGCUCAGGGCGCGCGCGGCGCGCGCGCUCGCGCGCGAGCGGUUCUUCCCUCUCGCGUUGCUGCUAUUGCAGGACGUCGAGAAGAGGGUGUUCGACGGGAAGCCGCUGCCGCGCGGCGCGUGGCGAGGCCACCGCGACGGCGACGUGGACGCCUUCGCGCGCGCGGCGCGAACCGUCGUCGAGAGCGUCCGCGCGCUCGGCGCGGACGCGUUCGACCACGCCUCCGCGCGGUCGCUCGCGCUCAUCGCGCUCCCCGUCGCGAUCGCGGCGGCCGCGCGGGACGUCCCGUCGUUCGUUCUCGACGCCGUCCACGACGCCGUGUGCGCGUUGAUCGUGGCGAAGGACCUCUGCCAACGCGCCUUCGUCGAUCCCGCCGGGCGCCCGGAAUCCAAGUCGCGCGCGGGACCGGGGGGGGGCGCCCCCGCGGUGGAGAAGUCGACGUUCGGCGCGUUGUUUCUCCGCGGCGGCGGCGCGUGGGCGUGCCUCGAGGCGCUCCGGCUGCUCCUCGAGGACGCGGUCCGGCCGUGCGCGCGCGAGACGUACCUACGACGCGACUGGGACCACGCGUUCCAGCUGCACGAGAUUCUCACGCCGCCGUUUCUCGAGUGUUGGGCGACGAGCGGGGUUAUUAACGGCGCCGCUAACGACGCGGACCCCCCGAGCGACGAGACGUCGAUCGCGACCGCGAAAGUCGUCGCCGCGGGGUUGCGCGCGGUCCGCGGGCACGAGACGAGCACCGGCGACGCCGGCCUGCGGUCGCUCUCGAACGCGCUGACCGCCGCGGCGAGGCUGGCGCCGUCGGGCGAGGCGUGCGCGGAGCUCCACGCCGCGGUUGAGGAUCUCUUCGCGCGUCGGAAAUUCGCGCCGUUGACGCGCGGGCAUGGCCGACGCUCUGUCGGCGGCCCCAUCGCGUCGUGGCCGCAGUGGCUGUACGCGGUCGGCGCUCCGCCGCCGCUGGACGCGGCGGCGGCGAGCGCCGCGAGCGCGGCGCUCGCGGACGGCGCGGAGGAGUACGAGAGGCUCGAAGCGUCCGCGGCGUCGAUUCGCGCCAAGAUGUCGCGGCUCGGGGACGCGAUGCGGUCGCUGACCGCGGACGUGCGGAUCAGCACGCAGUUUCAUCGCGAGCCCGCGAGGGCGCUGCUGCGCGAGGCGCACGCGGAGAUGGGGUGGCGGCGCGAGGUAGCCGCGGCGGCGACGAGCGCGGAGGACGGAACGUCGACCUCAUCAGUCGCCGACGGGGACGACGACGCGACCGCCGGAGAGUCGCCGUCGCCGUCGCCGUCGCCGCCGCGCGAGCGACACCACCACCACCACGUCCCGCAUGGCGGCGGCGCGCAGGCGUUCAUCCUCCCUCACGGCGGGCUCGAGUCGCCGUCCUCCGCGGCGGCGACGGCGUGGCGGCGGCGCGCGCCGCUCGUCUUGAGACGCGCGCCGCGCGAGGGGUGGGAAGGACGCGCGCGGGAGAAACUCAGAGCGUUGCUGACGCACUGCACGCGCGCGGCGCCGUACGUCGCGGAGAUGCCGCGGGGAGGCGGAGGGAGGGACGUCGCCGCGGGAUGGUCGCGCGUGGACGACGUCGAGGACACCGGCGGCGGCGUGUUUCUUCACGAGUGGGAGGGGCGCGCGGCGGCGGCGGCGUUGGCGUGGUUUUUCCGCGGCGAAGACGAAAAACGCACACGCGGCGGCGAGGGCGAGGGCGAGGGCGAGGGCGAGGGCGAGGGAGCGCGCGCCGACGCGCUCGACGACGUGAUGCGCGUGCUGGGGGUCACGGACGAGGAGCUUCCGGUGCGGGCGAUGAUGUCGCUCGGGAGCGGGCGCGGCGGCGCGGUGUUAGACGACGCCCUGAGGGCGAACCUUCUGUGUUAGGUGCGUUCUAUACAAAAAAAGUUCACCGGUC